GCAAAUAGAAAGUUGGCGACCCAAGCCCCGGACAGCUAACUGUGGGGCUCCCCCCUCAGCCCCGGUGUGGCAGGUGCAUCCUGCUGUGAGGCCAGGUGCAGCGGGGGCUCAGUCCAGCUGUGAGCCCCCAGGUGGCGGAGGCACCCGGCCCCCCCGUGUUCCUGCAGGUCCCCGCUUUGAAGAUCUCAAGUUACGGUAUUUUAUAGUUUGGCAGGAGCGUUGCUGCUGGCUGUGGUCACCGCCACCUACUGGCCCUCUGUGGUCAUUGCAGCGAUGAGGUAGGUGGUUGUGAGUGUUACAAAUUGCGCAACAACUGGGUUGAUGGCUCCUGGAAGCAAAGGGUGGUGAGAGCGUCCCUCGGCGAGACUCAGGAGUGCGGCUGCAGGAGGAAGCGGGUGUGUGCAGAGUGCCUUUUGCAGGCUCUGGGUUGAGGGCACCGGAGAAGACAAUCCCCGUCUCUUGUAUGUCUGGCAUGCCCGAGAAAUCCCAGGGAGUGCCUAGGGGGCGGGGCGGGGAAGAACGUCGCUGUUUCUUUUUCACGUGAAGGGGUGAAAUCCAGCCAGUCCCUGGUGCAUCAGCAACUGCAAACUAGGAACAGCCUUCGCAGCCCCCCUCCCAAACACUCGCUACCCUCUCUCGGUCGCCGUCAGAUCAUGAAUGACUAGGGAAGAUCCGGGAGCCUCGGAGCUCUUGCCCGGACGGGAGCACUGUGUUUCUGCAGAUAGCCGGGAGACGGACGCAUGUGAAGGGGAGCAGUGUCACCUCGGGGAGAAAGUACUUUAUGAUUUGCUGCACUUCCUGUUAAGCGCAGCCUCUUGUUUUCAGCAGAGCCAGACUGCCAGGAGCAUUUGCAACUCCUCCUCCCCUGGCAGUUCCAGUCCCUGAUUAUCCUCAGUCCUGCCUGGGAUUCCGGCUCGCAGCAGGAAAGGGGAACCACAUUGCAAUGUUUGUUUGCACCACCGCCUUCUCCAGGCCUGCGUGAGUUGCUCGUCGCUGUGGCCCUGCCUCGCUGCUGAGGCUGCACAGAGGAAGGCGCAUUUCAGGGAGCGCUUGCACCGCCUCCUGCUUGACAGAGGGGGACGGACCUCGUCGCAGGCUCCGGACUCCAGGGAUUGCAUUUAUUUGCAAACGGUGUCGACUUCAACUUCUGCACCUUCCUCUUUCUCCCCAGGGCACGUGUAAUGGGGGACAUGUCACUUUGCUGUGCAGAGGGGAGGAAACUUUCUCACCCACCAAGAGUCUCUGGAUAUUUUUGAACGGGCGGAAGACUUAUAAACUGAACCGCAGUUUUAAGGAUGUCUCCUGAUCUUGCUUCUGGAGACGGGGGCCCCUAGCAACUCUCCCAGCCCCCAUUUAAAAAACCGCAGCUGGAAGAAACUCCUCCCUUCCCCUUUGGUUCCCCCACCCCCUUUCUCCCCAGUUCCUGAGGGUUUGAAAACAAGCCCAGAUUGGCUGGUGGUGGUGGAUAGUGGUGGGAGGUGGAAGAGGAGCCAUCCUCUGGAGUCAAGCCUUGUUGAGCGGGAUGGGAAGCACUGCCAUGGACACCAAGAAGAAAGAUGCUUCUAGCAGCGGCAGCAGGAAAGGCUCCAGCCAGAAGAGACGCAUGUUGCGAGUGCACAUCCCGGAUCUUAGCUCAUUUGCCAUGCCAUUCCUGGAUGGAGAUGUGGAGAGCUCAGACAAAAGUGCUUCUCGAAAGGUGGAAGAGAGCUACCAGAUGGGCAGCCCUUCGAAAGGCCUUUUCUCAAAAGGGCUCCAAAAUCGACCUUCCAGCCCCGUUUCUGCCCCUGUGAGAUCUAAACAUAGCCCAGGUUCACCAAAAACAGUGUUCCCCUUUCCAUAUCAGGAGUCUCCCCCACGCUCCCCACGCCGAAUGAGCUUCAGUGGGAUCUUCAGGUCCUCUUCUAAAGAAUCCUCUCCCAGUUCUAAUCCGUCUACCUCACCCGGUGGCAUCAAGUUUUUCUCCAGAUCAAGAAAAACCUCCGGCCUCUCCUCUUCUCCAUCUACCCCAACACAAGUGACCAAGCAGCCUCCAUUUCCUCUUGAAUCCUAUAAACAUGAACCUGAGAGACUAGAAACCCGGAUUCACCCUUCUCCUCCGGACACAGGGCAGAGGAUUACUCUGCCUCCGCCCCAAAAUGCAGCCAAGUCUCCCACGGUGAUGCCAACUCCCUGUGCUAUCUCAAAAACAGCGGCGGCGCCAGCAGCUGCGGCGGCGGCUCCGGCUUCUCCUCAGCCCCCGGCCGCCUCCGAAGGGAUGCUGGAGAAACUAGAGCUCGACGAUGAAGCAUCUGAAGAAUCAGAAAGUGACAUCUACAUGCGAUUCAUGAAGUCUAACAAGUGUUAUGACAUAGUUCCAACAAGUUCUAAGCUUGUUGUUUUUGACACUACGUUACAAGUAAAGAAGGCUUUCUUUGCCUUGGUGGCAAAUGGUGUUCGAGCAGCUCCGCUGUGGGAGAGUAAAAAACAGAGUUUUGUAGGAAUGUUAACAAUUACAGAUUUCAUUAAUAUACUGCAUAGAUACUAUAAGUCUCCAAUGGUUCAGAUCUAUGAAUUGGAGGAGCACAAGAUUGAAACGUGGAGGGAGCUUUAUUUACAAGAAACUUUUAAGCCUUUAGUGAACAUCUCCCCGGAUGCAAGCCUUUUUGAUGCCGUAUAUUCAUUGAUCAAAAACAAAAUCCACAGAUUGCCAGUUAUUGAUCCUGUCAGUGGGAAUGCACUUUAUAUACUUACCCAUAAAAGAAUCCUCAAGUUCCUCCAGCUUUUUGUGUCAGAAAUGCCAAAGCCUGCCUUUAUGAAGAAGAACUUGGAUGAACUUGGGAUAGGAACUUAUCACAACAUUGCCUUCAUACAUCCAGACACUCCUAUUAUUAAAGCCUUGAACAUAUUUGUAGACAGAAGGAUAUCUGCAUUACCAGUUGUGGAUGAGUCAGGAAAAGUUGUAGAUAUUUAUUCCAAAUUUGAUGUAAUAAACCUGGCUGCUGAAAAAACCUAUAAUAAUCUAGAUAUCACAGUAACGCAAGCCCUCCAGCACCGUUCUCAGUAUUUUGAAGGUGUUGUGAAGUGCAGUAAACUGGAAACACUGGAGACCAUUGUUGAUAGAAUAGUGAAGGCUGAGGUUCAUCGUCUGGUAGUAGUGAAUGAAGCAGAUAGCAUUGUGGGUAUCAUCUCCCUCUCUGACAUUCUACAAGCAUUGGUGCUCACGCCGGCAGGUAUAGAUGCUGCCUUCUGACCUCUUUUCAUAAAACUUCAGGUGCCAAACAAAAGGAGAGUGAAACUGAGUGACUGCUGUGAAUGUAUAAAGUUUUCUAGGAGAACUUGAACGAAGUUUCUGAGUCAAGUUUGCCUCAAGAACACUGACUGCAAUAGAAACGAGAAGAACGGUUAUGAGAAUGUGUAUUGAAACUCAGUGAUGGGUAACGUCUGUAUUUUCCCCUAGUGGUGUCGCAAAAAAAGCAGCAUGACAAAAAACCUUAUGUUAAAAAAUGUAGGCUUGCAUUUCAAAAUGUCUUCAAAACAUUUGCUGAAAUACUAUGUCCUUUGUUAAAAUGCACUGUAUUCUGAAACUGUUUCAUUCGUAUUUGACAGAAGUCACUGGUCAGCAGCAGACAUCUGACAUAAGGCAAGUGUAUGGCAUAUUCAUAUCAUAGUGCCUUAUGUCAAAUACAGCAAUAUGUCAUCAGUUGCCCAUCACUGUCAGAGGAAGUAUUGUGCUAAACAAGACACUGUAUUUGAAUGUGAAAGUCUUUAAACCUAAAACCAAAUCAGUUUCAGUUCUCAUUAGAUUUGUCACAAAGGUUGUAAUUUGAAUAUCAGUAGAUUACUUUAAAACUUUAAUGACGGUUUCAUGUUUUUAUUGUUGCAUUCUGAACUGAUAUGUAAAACAAGACUGAUUUUAAAAACAGCUUUAUUUAUUUUUACUUUCAUGGCAAUUUUUUACACAUUUUUGGUGGAUAGCUAAAAUUUCACCAUGUCCAUUAAUAAACUGUUGAUUGUUAUACAAAAAAGUGGCAGAUUUUUCUCAUUUUUUAACACUUGGGAGCUGCGGAAGCUGUAGCUUCUAGAUCAGCCCACAUUACUUCAGUCUAAGGUUUUCAAAAGCACAUGUUGAAAAGUGUUAUUCUGUACUGUAAUAGACAGGUACCGUGGAGGAGACUAAGUGCCAGAGAGCUAUAUAUUUUCCUGUGUACUAAAAUGUUAAAUCAUGUUUGUAAGAUUGCAGAUACGAUUUUUUGUAAAUUAUAAUGGAUAUACAGUUUUUGUACAGAUGCAAAGAGCGAGGAAAGGUUUUUGCUAAUGUAAAUGCACUGUAAAGCUUAGAGAUCACACUAUAUAAUUGUAGACUUUCUUCUGCAGAUGGAAGAAAUUAAACAAACCUUACUAUAUCAGUUUGUUCAUAGCAGUUUUUGAAAAUGCCAGGUAUCUUUGCAUGUACAGAUUUUACAUGCUGCUUACAUCCUUUUUUUCCCACCUGGAUAUUUGUAAGAGUGAUUCAGUGUCUUACAGUAUAUCUCCCUUCCCUCUUUACAGGCUAAUUAUACAUUAAAUGGACACUUUUACUUUUUAAAAGCAACUGUCUUUACCUGGGUUAUUGUGCAACACCUUACACUGUUAAGACUGAAUGACUGUUCAGUCUCGCUUUGAUGGAGUGUUUCUCCAUUUCUCCCAGAUAGGACAAUGAAAAUGGAUUGAUUUGUCACUCUCUAAUUUCAGGCACAGGAUGGGAAAUGUUUAAAUUAAACUGAAAACUACAUUAAUGACAGGUUU